UGAAUGAAAAUUUUUAUUUAAUAAAAAUGCAUUUACCUUUUGCCGCAGCCAAUAGCUGCACGAUUACGUAUUUAACAGCCAGCCAAGGCCACACUACACACACCGACGAGAAGGCAAAGAACGAACCCAAUCGAAGUCGUGCGUUUAACUACAGCUGUGCGAUCCUUCCCAAUCCUGGUCCCCGUUAACGGAACCCCGAACCCCACAGUCCUCGAUCCCCGUUCCAUCGGUUCAAGGGUUGCGCUAGCGUAUCGGAUUAACGUUUUUAACUUCUCUGCCCCAGUUGUAAACAAUCCCAGCCCCAGAAUGGCAGCCCUCGGACGGAAGCUGAUCGACAGCCUCAAGAGCAAGGAGUUCCGGGAGUACCUGAUGAGUACGCACUUUUGGGGACCGGUCGCGAACUGGGGCAUUCCGAUUGCGGCGCUUGCGGAUAUCAAGAAAGAUCCUAAGAUUAUUUCUGGCACGAUGACCACGGCCCUCUGUCUGUACUCGCUGGUCUUUAUGCGCUUCGCGUGGCGCGUCACCCCCCGGAACCUGCUCCUGUUUGGCUGUCACAUCACAAACUUUACCGCCCAGGGCCUGCAGGGUGGCCGCUUCGUCGAGUAUCACUACUUGGGCGGCAAAACCCGGGCCGUUGAGGCUGCUCCGGCCCCCACCGAGGAGAAGAAGGCUGCCAAGUAGAGCUGGUUUAGUCCCGGGUUGUAAAAAGAAAUGCAAAAAAAAAAACGAGACGAAUAUUUGCCGAAGCUUAGGUAGGAAAAAGAGGUUCUAGAGAUUUGUAAUCUUUCACGGCGAUGCUUUGAACGGGGCAACAAUCGAAUACAGCAAAAAUGGGUGGUGGCAGUGGUGCAAUAGUGGUGCUCUCGAUGUUCUAGAUUGUAACAGGUCCAAACAAACAUAAUCCGUGUUCGUGUGUUCGUCGAAUAGUUAAGUGGAAGGGUUUGAUUUCGUUCCGCUAGAGGGACUCCAUCUUUUUAGAGGCACAAUUUUAGGGAAAGAAACUAAACGUAGCGAUUCAAAUUGUCUUGCAUUAGAGCAACUUUUACACGCACUUUACACACAUUCUUAGGAAAAAUUUACAGAUUGAGUAGCUGCAGAAGUGGGUAGAGUAGUGGUAGUCGUAGUCGCGAUGCACUGAGAUUUUGCUUCCCGUAGAUGUUAGAAAAAAUUGUUCACACAAAAAUACCUCAAUGAAAAUCAGUUCAGCCAACUUGAGUAAGGGAAAACCGCCUAACUUUAAAAACCCUUAACUUCAAUUCAGAUAAGUUGAAAUGAGCUUUGCUCAAAUGACAAAACCGUACUACGUAAAGAGGAAAGAGAUACUUUCUUGUUGCUUGUUAAGAAAAUUUAAAUGUUUGAAACUGUAAUUGGUCCAACCCAUGUUAACACAAUGAUACCAGAUUAAAUGAACAGGAAAACCAAACUUAUCGAAUAAUGUCUUUGGAUUUGUUUUUUAUACAGUAAAGAUACAUGAUUGUCAUAAUAUUUAAAAGACAGAAGAAAUAAAGUUGUAUGCAAAACCUAACAAAA